AUUGCAUCAGCGUCUAUCAUGGUUGCAGGGAAUUUUGCUGAAAUAAUGGCUUUUCAGGGUCAUAAAAGCCAGCUCCUUGUUGUUCAGAACUAUCAUUUGUUUAGUGACAACGGCUGAGAACAAGACUCGCAACGAUGGUGUGGAAAACUGGAAAAUUCGGCGUUCACAGUGGAAAAACAGUGCGCUCAACAAGGUCUCAUCCAAAAAGAUCCGAAGGCCUUCUUAUCCAAACUACAGUGGAGAACGCUUGCCGCAAAGAGGAGCAGGACGAAGGAGAAAGCAUCACUUACUCGCUUGGUAAGCAAAAUCGUUGGCUUCUUCCUGAAAUUAUUAAGACAAGCUCGUUUGAUCUGGAAGAGAGAGAAUUCCUCGGCCACGGAGACGAAGUCGUUUUAGUUGAGCGGUUCUCGAACGCGGGAAACGAAAAACGUCGCAGACCAGACUGUUUUUCUGUAUUCGACUCAAGUAACAGCAGUACUCGCAAAUCCAAACGUAGGUUGGCUCGCGCAGAAGACCUUCUCAGUGAUAUCAAAUCAAUGAAAACAAAAUACGAAGUAUCUUACCCGCAUCCCGCGGGAUCAUGGCCACAUGAGAGAGAAUCAAGUACCAGGAAACAUAGAACUCGUCUUGGAGGCAGGAAGAAAGAUACUUUUCUCAACAGGACCAUUGAAGAAGACUUAAGUGAACUCAGUAACACAGAGACACUUUUCCACAUUGAUAUGGUUGACUUGCGAAAUGAUGACCAACCACAUAGCAAAAUGGGUGUUUCUCUCACAUUUGACUUAAAAUCACUUAUCUGUAAUUCUCCAAAGAAAAGCAAAAACUCACUGAAGGCGGAAAAUGGUUCUAUGCAAGUUAAGAGCGAUGAAGAAUGUAAAAGGACAAAAUUUGGCAAAGGAGAGGCCAUAUAUAUAGACAGUGGAGAUGGUAUGCAUGACACCCACCAAAGUUUUUUGGCCAUGGCAGAGGAAACGCAGCCAACUCAUAUGGAUGACUGGCAUUAUCACUUUCAGCCAGUACCAGAGCCACGGAGGAUUAGACGGCGUGGAAGGGGACGUGGCAGAGAUAGAGGCAGAGGCCAAGGCCGAGGCCGAGGAGGUUACCAUGGAUAUCAAGAUGGUAGAAUAGUUGAUGAUGGGACACUUUCAGCCUUACGCUGGUCUGCAGACUCUACAGACCCUCUUGUGACCCCAGUUGAGCCAGUCAAACCUGUUAAACCUGUUAAAAUUUCUUCUCAGUGGGUGUCUCUUGUUCUUCAACCCCAAGACAUCAAUCCAGAGUUUUUGCAGGAAACAUGGGGAAGUAUGUACAAGGAAGCUGGUUGUUUCCCAAGGGCAUUUUUUGUCAAUGUGACACCUCAGAUCCUCAGUUCUAGUAGCAAAGAACUUUUUGUCUUGUUACGACUGGCCAAAGAUGUCUCAGAAAAUGUUGCAGCAGGAGUGGGAGCCAACAUAUACCUUGUAGGUAUUUCCAAUGACGAAUAUACCAAUGAACUAGUUCAGAAAGAGUUCAUUUCUCACAUCAAAGCAAAGACUAGCAAGACAGAAAUCUGGUCUCUUAAGGACAUAGUGGAUGCUGCUAAAACUUGUUUCCUGAAAAGCAUUACUGAUGAAACUGAACCUAAGGAAUGUAGGAAAUCCACGUUUUCUCUUGGAGUAUUCACAGAACUGUUUGGAUGGAAAUCAGAAGCUUUGUCAUUGGAGGCUGCACGGAAAGAGAUAAAAAAGUCUUGCAUUGAAAAGACAAAUAAGUCGCACAAACUGGUCACUAUGGCAACAGCUGACAGUCAGCAUCAGACAGAGUGUGGAAUAUGCUUCAUGCCUUUUGAAUGUGAAGGUAAUUAUUUGGCUUUUCCCUGUAAAUUAUUUUUGUUUGAACCCUUUAAGUUCUAAUACAGUGGAACCUCUAUGUAGCGAAGUCCUUAGUAUAAUGGAGGAUUUUCUUUACCCCAGUAAUGAUAAAAUAUAUGGAAAAAAACCUUGAUGUAACGAAACCUCCUUUAAUGUAGUGAACAUAUUUUGCCAAUCCCUCGGCCUUUCGUUUUAUCGAGGUUCCACUGUAUCACCUUUACACUGUUUUCCACUAAAGUAAUAAUAGCUGUAAUAGUUCAAUUUUCUGACAGUAACAAGGAGGACAUGAUUAAAAUCAAGACAAUGUAUCAUCGAGGAAAGUUUUUCAGGAAACAGUUUCUCUUAUCAUUUUCUUAAUGAAAACCUUGUCAAUGUGGCCAUAUUAAGGACAAUCAAAGACUUGACAACCAUCCAUUUCCUCUUAACACUUCCAUACAUGUUACAAGAAUAAAAUGGAUAUCAAAUGGAAAUCAGUAAUUGAUCUUUUAUCAAAUUCUCCUACCUAAUUCUUUAAGGAAAUAUAUCUUGUUCUGUCUGGAGAAUUUAUGACUUUUGUGGUUACUAGGACUGAAAGUUUAACAAGCUUUUUGUGGGCCUAUCAAUAACAAAAUAAUGAACAUGUUUCCUUAUAAAAACAAUGACACGAGGGGAUUCAGCAACAGAUUCAAGACAGGAUUUUUUUAAAAAUAAUAAUAAUGAUGAGGAUGAUAAUUAAUAAUAAUGUAUAUGAAUCUUCUGUCAAAUUUUUAAUGAAAAGUUUCACAAGCGGUAAGAUCAACUCAACUCAACCCAAACGUAUAACAGUAACAGACACAAGGUUAUUAAUUAGGCUUUAAAAUUAGUACUAGCUGUCAAGCAUGUCAUGCCCAAGUGAAAUAUGAACUAGAAGCAGAGGCACAAAUAAUGAUGAUGAUGAUGAUGACGAUGAUGAUAAUAAUAAUAUUUAAUAAUAAAUAUGAGUGUUAUGAGUGUUCAACUUGGUGCUUAUCAGAAAAAACCAGUGAUGAUUGAACUGGCGUGGUCACAUAUAUACAUGUACAGCUGUAUUGUGUCAAAAGGUGAAUGUUUUUUAAAAGCACUGAAUGCAGAGCUUCCAGUAUAAAACUGAAUCUUAAAGUGUGGUUCUGAUUCUUCUUGUCUUGUGAUUUCAGAUCCUAUUGAUACUCUCUCCUAUACCUUCCUGAUCAGUUGUGGCCACAAGUUCUGUGAUGACUGCUGGAGAGGGCACCUAAAGACUCAGUUACAGCAAGGCCACACAGAUAUAAGUUGCCCUGGGUACAAGUGUACUGUUGCAGUCGAUGAUGCCACCCUGAUGUCCCUCUUGCCAACAUGGUAUGGCAAGUUUGUGACUAAAAAGUUGGAUAAGACCCUGGAAAUUCACCCUGAAUGGAAGUGGUGCCCUGAAGACCGAUGCACUUUGGUUGUCAAGGCAACAACACCUCAGAGUACGACAGACCUGUGUGAUGAGCUUGUAGGCCCUCCCCAGCCAGUCCCAGUGGUGUGUGUCUGCGGCAGCAUGUGGUGCUUCAAGUGCCAGGAAGAUGCUCACUGGCCAGCGACCUGUGAAGAAGCUAAAACAUUUAGAGAGAACACCAAAGGAUAUGCCAAAAUGGUCGCAAGAAACCAAACUUCACCACUGAUUACAAGCGUGCAGAUCAAAAACUGCCCAUUUUGUCAUUAUCCAAUACAAAAAGGUCCUGGUUGUAAUCAUAUGAUGUGUGGUCUGUGCAGUAAGGAGUUCUGUUGGUUUUGCCUUGAAAAGUGGUCAUGGGAUCAUAUCUGCAAAGAAAAGGUGGGGCACAAUGAAGUGGAGUUGCCAGUCGAUACAAAGCAUUUGAGGUCUUACGAACACUUUGCAGUAACAAGUCGUAUGGCUAGGUCAACCAGUGUGAUACGAAGAAUCAACGAGAAACUGGGAAAACUUGAAAGAGGACUUAAUAGUUACAGAAAGCUACCAGCUGAGGUCAGACGAGACACAGGAAAGAGUGGACGGCCCAAAAAAGAGCUAAAUCAUAUGCUCGAGAACAACUCUUUGGAUGUCUUGCGUGAGGUGUUCAGUUUUAAAUUCCAGGCUGUUCUUGCCGUAGAGGGCCUGGCAAUGGUUCUGAGCAUCUCAAGAGAUGCCCCAAAUAAAAGGCUGGCAUUGAAAUUUGAAAGGCUGGUCUUUAUUGUCGAGCGGCUGGAUGACAUGUUGAAAGACUUCAACAAAUGCCAUCAUAGAGGGAGACUGGAAAGGCUCAAACUUUUCUUAAAAUGCGGUAAACAGUCCCUCAUAGUCAUCAGUAAGAACAAAAUUACCGGCUAACUGAAGACUGAGUGCAGAUAAGAGAUCUCAGAAAGCAAAGUGUCUGAGUAUUUCUUGAAACAACACUCGUGAAAGCCGUAAACGUUUUGUCAGUUGCCUUGAUUACAGUUUUGAUAAGGCGAUUAUCUAAUAUGUAAUUUGAGCAAACCUAUUGAAGAUAACAAAUCCCUAUAUAUCCUUAGAACGCUGCGCAAAGAGGGCUACUAUCAGUCAGAAAUAGACCUUCUCUUUAAAACAAUAGUUCUACCUAAUAUUAAUUACGCAUUAUCUGUCUACGCCGCGUCCGAGUCCGAUCUUAUACCUGUACAAUGU